AGGUUGAGAACACAAUUGAUAUGCCUCUGGAUAGUGAUGUCUUCCGUAUUCCUCCUGGAUAUAAUGCGCCUCAACAGGUUCAUAUAACACAAGGAGAUCACGAAGGAAAGGCGGUAAUUGUUUCAUGGGUGACAAUGGAUGAAACUGGUUCAAGUACAGUAGUAUACUGGAGUGAGAAAAGCAAGCUAAAGAAUAAGGCCAACGGAAAAGUUACUAACUAUAAGUUUUAUAACUAUACAUCUGGUUACAUCCACCACUGUACUAUCAAACAUUUGAAGGUUAACAUUCUUUGUUUCAUUCCUUGA